ACGAACUCUGAUGAUCACUUCCAAAACAUUUAUACAGAUUUYAAUAAAUCUGAAUUGGAUACAACGAAAACCACUAAUGAAAGUAAUAAUUUGACAGAACAUUUACAAGUUAAGAUCAACACUGAUAUUACUAGUGGAAACUACAGUUAUUCAACUGCUAUUAAAAUUUUAGAUGAUGUUGCUAAGAGUCCUGUUGAUACUAAUGGUCAUUUUGUUUGUGAUUUAUGUUUACACGAAUUUUAUAACUGGAAAUAUUAUAAGAAACAUAAAUUAGAACAUUUGAAUGAUAAGCCAUUUAAAUGUUUGAAAUGUUUAAAAUCAUUUAAUUACAAUAAUAAUUAUUUACUUCACAUUGCUUCUCAUUCAACAAGUAAUUUGAAAUGUCCAAAAUGUAAAAAAGAAUUUAAACGCUUUGCUAGCUUUAAAGCUCACCUGAAAAUUCAUAAAACUGAAGAAUUGAUUACAUGUAAUAUUUGUGAUAAAAUAUUUGACAACCAGUAUCGAUUGGACAUUCAUAAAGAAAACUGUAUGCAAGAAAACUUAAUUAAUCCUGGUGAAGGAACAUCUAUUGCUUCUAUUAAAACUUGUACAAGUUGUAAUAUGUCUUUUACAACUGUGUCAGAGUAUAAAAUGCACAUCAAAGAACAUAAAAAAUUUGAUUCAAUAUUGAAAAAAUAUCAUAAAGUUGCAACAAAAUUUAAAAAAUUACAUAAAACAAGUAAUAAAAUAAAAAAAUUUAAAUGUGAUCAUUGCGACUGGUCAUUUAAUAAGUCAAAUCUUUUACGCCGACACAUGAGAACACAUACUGGAGAAAAACCAUUUGAAUGCACAGAUUGUUCAGUAUACUUUACUCAACAAAAUUCAUUAAAUAGACAUCUGAUGAAACAUAAAGGAAUACGGCCAUUUAGAUGUGAAUUCUGUGAAAUGAGUUUUUGUCAAAAAGGUCAUUUAAUWAAUCAUAUGAAAAAAUGUCAUGCUGUUAAAAAAGAGCCAACAAGAAUUCAUAAAUGCUCUAUGUGUUCAUGUGUUUACAAUAGUAUCAAUGCUCUUAAUAAACAUUUAAAUGUUUUCCAUGGAGUGAAAACUAAAAAUGUACAUGCAAAUGUUCAAAAUCAAGUAACAAAGUGUGGAGAAACAGUUGAUGAAACUAUACAUUUAAUUAAAGGUAAACAAAUGUGUUUG